CUGUUAACGUUACUGAUUAUUCUCUUUGUUAUCAACCGAAAUCAGACAAUUUCUACGCACAAUAUACAGUAGUGAAGAAAGAGCCUAUAUCAACUCUCUCUCUCUCUCUCUCUGACCAAGGAAUCAAACCCUAGUGUCCAUGUUUCCUCUAUGGUAGAUCUCUCACCGGAGGGACCACCAUAACGAGAGGAGGCCCUUUCCACACGGCACUGCCAACGUCAAUGGCCGCGGAGCUAGGGCAACAAACCGUGGAGUUCUCGGCUCUCGUCACCCGGGCCGCCGAGGACUCUUUCCUCGCCCUCAAUGAGCUUGUGGAGAAGGAGAAGUCCAGGUCGUUCUCUACCUCCGCCUCUGCAGCACGAGACACGCAGUCCGACACCGAGAGGAAGAUUAAUCUCCUCAAGUACAUUGUCAAGACCCAGCAGCGCAUGCUCCGCCUCAACGUCCUCGCCAAGUGGUGCCAACAGGUCCCUUUGAUACAGUACUGUCAGCAGCUAGGAUCCAUUCUAUCUAGCCAUGAUACGUGUUUCACACAAGCUGCAGAUUCAUUGUUUUUCAUGCAUGAGGGGUUACAGCAAGCUCAUGCUCCUGUCCAUGAUGUGCCAUCUGCUAUAGAAGUGCUUCUUACUGGAAGUUAUCAAUGUUUACCAAAGUGUGUAGAAAAUGUGGGUAUUCAGAGCACAUUAUCUGAGGAUGAGCAAAAGCCAGCUUUGAAAAAGUUGGACACACUUGUACAGUCUAAAUUACUUGAAGUUUCACUGCCGAAAGAAAUUUCUGAGGUAAAAGUUUCCAAUGGCACUGCACUGCUGCGUGUGGAUGGGGAAUUUAAGGUUUUAGUUACUCUUGGUUAUCGAGGACACCUAUCAAUGUGGAGGAUUUUACAUUUGGAGCUACUUGUUGGAGAGAGAAGUGGACUUGUGAAGUUGGAAGAAUCACGACAGCACAUUCUUGGAGAUGAUUUAGAGCGGAGAAUGGCUGCAGCAGAAAACCCAUUCAUGACAUUAUACACAGUUCUCCAUGAGCUUUGCAUUGCGCUUAUCAUGGACACUGUCAUCAGGCAAGUGAAAGCCCUUCAACAAGGAAGAUGGAAAGACACAAUCCAAUUUGAGCUCGUAUCUGAUGGUAGUAUUAGUCAUGGAGGUAGUGCUAGUUCUACGCAACUGAAUCCAGAUGGAGAAUCUGACUUCUCUGCUCUACGAACUCCAGUGCUAAAAGUUUUAUACUGGUUAGAUUUCGAUAAGAUCUCCGGAACAUCUGAAUCAAAAUCAUGCCCAUUUAUUAAAAUUGAACCAGGACAAGAUCUGCACAUAAAGUGUCUACAUAGUACAUUUGUCAUAGAUCCAUUAACUGGGAUGGAGGCAGAGUUUUAUCUAGAUCAAAGUUAUAUUGAUGUUGAGAAGUUGCUGCUAAGAGCUAUAAGUUGUAACAGAUAUACUCGUUUGCUUGAAAUUCAGAAAGAGCUAGGGAAAAGUGUGCAGAUCUGCCGAGUGGCUGAUGAUGUUGUUCUUCAGUCAAACUUUGAUGAACCUGAUGUUGACUAUAAAAGGAAUGAUAAGAAGUCUGACAGCAGGGAAUACGAGGGGCAGGAAGUAUUACGUGUUCGUGCUUAUGGUUCAUCAUUUUUCACCCUUGGAAUUAAUAUAAGGAAUGGUUGCUUUCUCCUUCAGUCAUCCCAGAAUAUUCUUGAACCUUCAGUAUUGUUAGAUUGUGAAGAAGCUUUGAAUCAAGGAAGCAUGACUGUGGGCGAGGUUUUUAUGAGCUUGAGAAGCAAAAGCAUCCUGCUAUUUGCCUCUAUUGGCAGGUUUUUAGGCCUUGAGGUGUAUGAUCAUGGUUUUGCUGCAGUUAAAGUACCUAAGAACAUGGUGAAUGGUUCAUCAAUGUUGCUGAUGGGGUUUCCAGACUGUGGGAGCUCAUAUUUUCUGCUGAUGCUACUUGAUGAGGAGUUUAAACCCCUGUUCAAAUUGUUAGAGACUCGGCCAGAUCCAUCUGGAAAAGCCCAUUCUUCUAACAACCUAAACCAUGUGAUUCACGUAAAAAAAAUAGACAUUGGCCAGAUGCAGAUUCUUGAAGAUGAAAUGAAUAUGAGCCUACUUAACUGGGGAAAGUUACUUUCCUUUAUGCCUAGUGCUGCAGGUUCUAAUGGUGGUUCUGAACAAGGGAUUCUUCCUGAAAUUGGCCUUGAGAGUUCAAUGCAGUUAUCAGGUUGUCCUCCUAGUUUUUCAUCUGUUGUUGAUGAAGUGUUUGGACAUGAGAAAGGGUCAUCCACAAUUCCAUUCUCUGUUCAAAAUAUCUCUUCAUACGGUACAUCCCCUGCUUCUUAUUUUGGAUCUCCUCCUAUGAAUCUUCAUGCCAUGAAGGCUGCAACCCCCUCUCCUAAUUGGGACACAGGUAUGCAGAUAUCACAGAUAAAUAAUGUUGCAAAAGUUUCUAGUAUGGACAUCCAUUAUAUUGGUUCUUUGCAUUCCUCAAGCAAUUUGAAGGGUCCUUUACUGUCCAAUUCAGUCAGUUCGCUCUCUUCUGCUACAGGUAGGAGCACAACUAUGAAAAAACUAUCAGCCUCUAUGUCUGAGCAGGAUUUGGCAUCUCUUAGAUCUGGGCAUUUGAUUGAGGUUGGUUCAUGUACCACAAUGGAUGAUGAUCAGCUCAGAUUGAUAAGUGAUAAUUCAAAGGAUACAUAUGGGAGCAGGUCAGCUCGAUUAUUAUCUCAUCCCCAAGCCACUUCCCCUCAAAUCACUGUACCAGGUGUAAAAACUAAUGGACUUCAAAGUUCACCUUCCAGGCCUUUUGCUGGAUCUCUCACAGUUGCUGGAUCUAGCUCAUGUACUACUACUCCUGUAUCCCAUCCACCAGAAUCUGCAAUUCAAAGUCCUGGUCAAGAUCUUGUUUCCAAGCAUGAUAGAAAUCCCCGAAAGCGUACAGUUUCAGAUAUUUUGAGUUUGAUCCCAUCGCUUCAAGGUCUAGAGGCAGCUUCAGGAUUUUGUAAGAAAAGGAAAAUCGCAGAAUCUGUUUCUGCUCUACAGCCUUCAACACAAGCACCCAUAUCAACAGAGAUGGUGACUAAAACUGAAGGAUAUAGUUAUGGGAAGCUUAUAGUUGAAGCAUAUAAAGGUAAUAUACCUUCCGGCAUUUAUGUUUCAGCUCUUCUUCAUGUGGUCAGACACUGUUCACUCUGCAUCAAGCAUGCCGGAUUAACUAGCCAGAUGGAGGCACUAGAUAUCCCUUAUGUUGAAGAAGUAGGGUUAAAAAAUGCAUCCUCAAGUAUAUGGUUCCGGCUUCCAUUUGCUAGAGGAGAUUUGUGGCAACACAUAUGCUUGCGGCUUGGCAGACCAGGAAGCAUGUAUUGGGAUGUGAAAAUUAAGGACCAGCACUUCAGGGAUUUAUGGGACCUUCAAAAAAGAAGCAGUAAUACACCAUGGGGUUCUGGCAUUCGCAUAGCCAAUACAUCUGAUAUAGAUUCUCAUAUUCGAUAUGAUCCAGAUGGUGUUGUUCUUAGUUAUCAAUCUGUUGAGGCUGAUAGUAUGAAGAAGCUGGUGGCUGAUAUCCGAAGGCUCUCCAAUGCAAGACUGUUUGCCCUUGUCAUGCAGAAGCUGCUUGGAGUACGAGCAGAUGAGAAGCUAGAAGAGUGCUGUACAAACUCUGAUAUUAAAGCACCAACUGGAAUCAGAGGUGCUCCUGGGACAGCUGAUAAGUUAUCAGAGCAGAUGAGACUGGCAUUUAGAAUUGAAGCCGUUGGAUUAAUGAGCUUGUGGUUUAGUUUUGGUUCAGGGGUCUUAGCCCGCUUUGUCGUCGAGUGGGAAUCAAGUAAAGAGGGUUGCACAAUGCAUGUCUCUCCUGACCAACUUUGGCCGCACACAAAGUUUCUUGAAGAUUUUAUAAAUGGGGCUGAAGUUGCAUCCCUUCUGGACUGCAUUCGUCUGACUGCAGGGCCCUUGCAUGCUCUUGCAGCUGCAACUCGACCUGCACGAGCGGGUCCUGUUCCAGGGGUCACUGGGGUCGUAGCAGCUGUGUCUUCUAUCCCAAAACAGGCAGGGUACAUGACAUCAUCUCUGGGUCUCUUGCCUGGCAAUUCGGCCAUGAAUGUCAGUCAAGCUGGUUCUGUUCCUGCAGGGAACCCAACUGCAUCUUCUGCUACAAGCAUUCUUGCCUAUCAGGGCCUUCAUGGAGCUGCAAUGUUAGCUGCUGCUUGUCGUGGUGGCCCUGGCAUUGUCCCAAGCUCAUUGUUGCCCAUUGAUGUCUCUGUUGUGUUGCGUAGUCCAUACUGGAUACGAAUCAUAUAUCGCAAAAACUUUGCAGUUGACAUGCACUGCUUAGCAGGAGAUCAGGUAUGGUUGCAGCCGGCGACUCCACCAAAGGGAGGCUCUUCAAUUGGAGGGUCAUUACCAUGUCCACAGUUUCGUCCUUUUAUCAUGGAGCAUGUUGCUCAGGAACUAAAUGGAUUAGAUCCUAAUUUCACCAGUGGUCAACAGAUGGUGGGUGGACUUGUAAAUUCAAACACUCAAAACCCAAGUUCAGGCUCUCAAUUGUCUGCUGCCAAUGGAAACAGAGUUAACCUCCUUAGUUCGGCUGCAAUGGCUAGGGCAGGAAACCAAAUAGCUGGUUUGAACCACAUGGGAAAUGCUCUUUCAGGAUCUUCAAGUUUAGCUGUUGUGGGCUCUGGAGUGGCUUUACGUAGAUCCCCAGGCACAAGUGUCCCAGCACAUGUGAGAGGAGAACUGAAUACUGCUAUUAUUGGUCUUGGGGAUGAUGGCGGUUAUGGAGGCGGCUGGGUUCCUCUUGUUGCCCUUAAGAAGGUUCUAAGAGGUAUUCUCAAGUACCUUGGAGUGCUAUGGCUUUUUGCCCAGCUGCCUCAUCUUUUGAAAGAGAUCCUAGGAUCAAUUUUGAAAGACAACGAAGGUGCACUUUUGAAUCUGGACCAGGAGCAGCCCGCCUUGCGCUUCUUUGUAGGGGGCUAUGUAUUUGCUGUAAGUGUCCACAGAGUUCAACUUCUUCUUCAAGUCCUUAGUGUGAAACGCUUCCAUCAACAGCAGCAGCAGCAACAGCAGCAAAACUCAGCAGCACAAGAGGAACUAGCUCAUUCUGAAAUAAGUGAGAUAUGCGAUUACUUCAGCCGCCGUGUUGCAUCAGAGCCCUAUGAUACUCCACGUGUUGCUUCAUUCAUUACUCUUCUCACCUUACCCAUCUCUAUUCUUAGAGAAUUCUUGAAACUAAUAGCAUGGAAAAAAGGAUUAGACCUGGCACAGGGUGGAGACAUAGCUCCUGCACAGAAACCACGUAUUGAAUUAUGUCUUGAAAAUCAUACCGGGUUGAAUAAUGAGAAUAACUCCGAGAAUUCAUCUGUGGCCAAAAGCAAUAUCCAUUAUGAUCGGCCCCAUAACUCUGUUGAUUUUGCACUAACUGUUGUUCUAGAUCCCACACACAUACCCUACAUAAAUGCUGCUGGAGGUGCUGCUUGGUUGCCCUACUGUGUUUCUGUGAGGCUCAGAUAUAUAUUUGGGGAAAACCCUAGCGUAUCUUUCCUUGAUAUGGAAGGAAGCCAUGGGGGUCAAGCUUGCUGGUUUCAUGUUGAUGACUGGGAGAAAUGUAAACAGAGGGUUGCUCGAGCUGUGGAGGUUAAAGAGGGUUGCUCACCAGCGGAUGUGAGCCAAGGAAGAUUGAGAUUAGUUGCAGAUGGUGUGCAAAGAACACUGCAUUUGUGCCUUCAAGGUUUAAGGGAUGGUGGUGGGUUUACAGCGAGCUCUGGGUCAAAGUGACUACUUGGGUCAGUUUCACUAGCAACAUAUGAUCCUCGACAAUUCGCAUUUGGCAGUGAAACUUUUGGGGUUGUGUUGGUUUGCAACGAUUUCUGAAUUUUUCUCUCAGGUUACGCGAAUUGGAGAAACUUGGAGUCAUGAGUCAUGGGGGAAGAGGAACCUGGUAAUAGAUGAUAUAAGAAGUUCGAAUGAUAAACUUUCAGAGCUUUUGGAGAGAUGGACAGUCAAUAUUAGGCAGCGUUAAUUAGCUGACUUAGAUCUCUAAUAGGCUGGACCGGGACGAUAUAUUUGGACCUAGAUCAUCCAAUAAAUUAGGGUGUAAGAUGAUUUUGAAGAUUAGUGUAUUGUUUUUCUUGUACAGUUCACACAUGACCAUAAGCUACGAACUCUGAAGAAAAUCUGUUCUGCUGGAGUUGUAGACCCUGCAAGAUGCUCAUCUUCUUGACUAAAGACUUGUAUACUCCCAAAAGAAAAAAGGAAAAACAAAAUGCUCAUUUUCUCUGAAAACUAUUCAACAACAACGAGACUCUGAUUACAAUAUACAGAAUACUAGAGUUUAUUUUU